GUCAAUAAUCACACACUAUAGAUCAAGUACUGAAAAUUUAAACAUAAACAGAUAAGACUCUAUGUGGAGACAGGUAACGUUUCAGAGGGGACAGAAUGUUGGAGGGUGGAAAAGAUACUUGGUUCGCAAAUUUGGGACAAUCUAAGCAGGAAACAUUGUGCACCCAAAUGUUAUGCCAAAUGCCUCCUUAUCUUACUUUAUCCUUUAUCACCGUUCCAAAUAUGCUCCUUCCCUUCCUCUCAGGUUCCUUUCCCACCAUUCCUCCUCCACCACUCCCAUUCCAAGUCCCGGCAAUUCUGGGACACUCAAUGGCUAAGUUGAGACGAAUCUUGUGAAUAUUCUCUAUGUGAAUCAUUGUUAACAAGAUUUACAAUAACCUGAUAUUAUGCUCAUGAGAAGCUGAUUACACAGCAGGCAGCCUGCACUUAGUCUGGGAGUGGUCGAAACAGGCUCUGGAAAUGAAACAUUCUAAUUCCAGCAAUCCACAACUCAUUUAUCUGAAACCACUUAAACCAAGAUCACUCCACUCAUCUCCAGUCGUUAAUGCAAAAACAACAAUACCUCUGCCUGUUCUUCACUGGAGCAGACAAAGCCUUCUAAACUGGGAGGCUGCUCGAUGGGGCUGGAGAGACCAGUUGUAGCCGCUAUCAUCGUGCUAUUCAGCAGCGUGAUCAUCGUGGUGACAAUUUCAUUGCUUCAGCAGCUGAAAAGAGUUGCUCUUCCUGUGGGAUAUAAGUAUGGGAUUGUCUUCGAUGCUGGAGCCUCCCGUACAACUCUUUAUGUUUAUAGGUGGUCAGCAGAAAAGGAGAAUAACACUGGCGUAGUCAGUGAGUUUUACCUCUGCCAUAUCAAAGGACCUGAUAUUUCUAGCUACAAGAAAGAACCUGCACGGGCAGCUCACUCAAUGGAAUGGUGCCUCAACAGAACAAUGGAAAAAAUCCCAGCAGAAAGGCAUAAUUCUACACCUGUCUACUUCGGGGCUACCGCUGGAAUGAGAUUACUCCAGCUGGAGGACUCAAGAGCUGCAGCCAUGAUCCUCUCAGCAAUUGAAAAUUACCUCCGCUCUUCACCAUUCGAUUUCAAAGGUGCCCAUAUUCUCUCAGGGAAGGAGGAAGGUGUCUACGGAUGGAUCACAGCAAAUUAUUUACUAGACAAUUUGCUGCAGCGACGUACUUGGAUACACCUGGAACGAAACUUUACCGUGAAGACCACAGGCACUCUCGAUCUGGGUGGAGCUUCUACAGAAAUAGCUUUUGUCCCCAAGCAGCACUCACACAUGAGUGAAACCGUAAUAAUCACAUUGUACAGUUAUAACUAUACUGUCUACACUCAAAGCCUGGCAUGCUACGGAAGGGAUGUAGCAGAGAAAAUGUACAGGGCAAAAAUCCUCCAGAACUCAAAAAGAUCAAGCAUUGAAGAUCCUUGCCUUCCCUCAAACUAUAGUAUGACUCUCCAACUGAAGUAUAUAUUUGAUGGUUUAUGCACUGCAGCUGAUAUACCACCUGAUUAUGAGCCUGACAACAAUGCCACAUUUAUAGGAACUGGAAAUUCUGCUCUAUGUCAGCAGAAGUUGUUGUCAAUAUUUAGUUUUGAGAGUAUCAAUGUUGGAGGUAAAUGGAAACAAAGAAGACUUCAACCACAUAUCCAUGGAGACUUUGUGGCCUUUUCUGGUUUCUAUUACUCAAUGGAAGCCUUGAAUUUAACCUGUUCCUUUCCCAUGGAAACUUUCAACUCAACAGUUCAGGAAUUCUGCUCGUACAACUGGGAUCAGGUGCAGCAGUUAUUUCCAAAUGUGUCAGACUCAUUUCGCAAAUCGUAUUGUUUUAAUGCAAACUACAUCUACGCAGUACUUGUGCAAGGUUACAAGUUCAAUCAAGAGAGUUGGAAAUCGAUAAGCUUUCUAAAAGAAGUGAAGAACAGCAGCAUAGGCUGGUCACUUGGUUACAUGCUAAACCUUACCAACAUGAUCCCAUCAGAAAAUCAAGUGAUUCAAACACCAAUGAGUGAGGCUGUAUUCUGUGGACUUCUCUUUCUAUUUUCCACUUUAGUUUUGUUCUGUUCAAUGUUCAUUUGUAUGUCAAUAAUACGUUCCUUUUAGUGUAAUUCAAUGCUUUGUGAGCUCUUAACAAAAUAACUUGAAUAUUUGGAGAGAAAAAUUAAUGCCAAAAUGGCGAGUCUUUGCCAAAUGUAAAACCACAUUUGAGGUCUCUUAUUAAUACUAUAGUUCUUUUGGAUUUAAUAGGAAAUGUUGAAAAGCCCAAAAGGGAUCCAGCUGGUAUAGUGCUUUCAUCCUGGCCAAUGCACUGAGAAAACAGAAUGAUAACACUAAGCCAUGAUUUUGACAGUAGAAAUUGAGUGAAGGGAAAAAAAUAGAUCAAAAAAGGGACCAGAAAGACAACGACAGCAGAGGAAAAAUAGAUAAAAGGUUGUUUAAAUAUAUUAUUGGGCCUAAGACGAUUGUGAUGCAAUACUAGCUUAAUUCCACAAUGAGAGAAACUGCAAUGUAUUUCACUACAUGCUGUCAUUGCUGCUAUUAGGGCUAGAGAUUUCUAUUUAUGGCACUCAGAGGAAGCUGUGUUCUUGCCUUCUGCCAAAUAAAAUGGUGAAAAAAAUAGUUGGCAAGAUAGUCUUGUCUUUUAGUCAUUAAAAUGUAAAUGGUCGGGUUUGGCAACUAGCAAAGGUUGAGCUGAUCUUUAUAGUUGCACAAAUUUGAGUGAGCCUGAGCUAACUAGCUUUAUAAAGGUUAUGUUGCCAUCUGGUAAACUUGAACCUUUAGUUGCUGACAGGAACUUUUACUUUUAAAUUUUUUUAAAAUCACAUCUUGCAGUUUUUGUUUCUUCCCCUUGAGCCUUACUGGUCUUACAUACAGCACCUUAGUUUUUAACGUAAGUUAUUGAUAAAUUACGAUCAAUGAUUCUAUGGGACAUUAAACCACUCACUCCAAGUAUGAGAGUUUUUUUUCAAAUUAGAGAUGUACACUUGUAAAAUAUCUUGCAGCAUUGAACAUGUAGAAGAGCCAAUGCAUAAUAAGAAAA